AACUCUUUCUGCAGCUCGUCUCAUUCCAAAAGUUGCCUCUCUCUCUCUCUCUUUCAUAACCUUGUUAUUCAGCAAAAGUAUAACCAGCGCUGUUGAAAGUGUCUGAAGAGAGUACAUGGUGCAGACGAAUGAUUUCCACCAUUCACAUUCAAGGGACAGCAUCAUAGCAGGAACUACUGCAUGUCCCUGGCUUCCUUCAGACUUCCGUGCACUCCUGACUCCCACAACUUCCUCUUGAUUUCAGGAAACCACAUGCCAAAGAUUGUUAAGUCCACAUCCUUUGUAGGAUGGAGAAGCACGAGUUCAUCGAAGAGCUUCCUUUUUAUAGCGUUAUCCUUGUUUACGUCUUGUUAAAGUGUUGACGAAUUCGAUGCAGACGAUGGAAUCGUGUGUUCCUCCAGGGUUCAGGUUCCAUCCCACAGACGAGGAGCUCGUUGGCUAUUACCUUAAGAAGAAGGUGGCUUCUCAAAAGAUAGACCUGGAUGUUAUCAGAGACAUUGAUCUCUACAGAAUCGAGCCAUGGGAUCUCCAAGAACGGUGUCGGAUCGGAUACGAAGAACAAAGUGAGUGGUACUUCUUCAGCCACAAGGACAAGAAGUAUCCAACCGGUACAAGGACGAACAGGGCAACGAUGGCCGGGUUCUGGAAGGCAACCGGGAGAGACAAGGCGGUGCACGACAAGAACAAGCUCAUCGGCAUGAGAAAGACCCUCGUCUUCUACAAAGGAAGGGCACCAAACGGGCAGAAGACGGACUGGAUCAUGCAUGAGUACAGACUCGAAUCCGAAGAGAACGGACCACAACAGGAAGAAGGAUGGGUUGUAUGCCGCGCAUUCAAGAAACGAGCCACCUCCCCCACAAGGAUCUUAGACGACGUUUGGAGCUGCAGCUACGGCUACGACUACGUCGGCAGGAUGAACUCCAUGAUCGAUCCGAUGAUACGUCUCCAGAAGCAACCCGUAACACUUCACUGCAAGCAAGAGACAGAGUCUGACGAACUGCGUUACUUAAACUCCAACCAAUUUGUGAAGCUCCCUCAGCUCGAGAGCCCAUCCCUGACACCGGCGACUCGACCGAGCUCGAAGAUGACGGUGUUGGAGGAAGAGGAUGAGGAGCAAGCGAGGACGCCGAAUGGCAUGGAGAUUGUGACCGAUUGGAGGGCGCUCGACAAGUUCGUGGCGUCCCAGUUGGGCCAAGAGGGCAGUAGUUCCGUGAGCGCACAGGUCGUCUCAGAUUUUGUCGGAGAUAAUGACUCGGAGAUGGCGCUGCUGUUGCUCCAGAGUGAGACGAAGGAAGUGGGAAAGUUCAACGCGUUCCGUAGCUCCGGUGGGCCGAACUGUGAAACAGGCAUCUGUAUAUUCGAGCAGUGAGUCUAUGGAAUGUAUUAUGGUUUGAUGACUUGAUCACGACUGUCAUUUCUUCUUACUAAUUAAUAUAAAUGAAGCU